AUGGACACAUUCCCACAAUUCAUGAAAGCGGUCGUCAUUGACAAGCAUGGCGACUCCUCUGUCCUCCGCCUUGAGACCCAGCAUCCUCUCCCAUCCAUGAAUGAUACGGACGUCCUGGUGAAAGUCAAUUAUGCUGGGGUAAACUUUGUCGAUACCUACCAGCGCAGUGGCCUAUACCCAGUGAAUCUGCCCCUGCAGGUCGGCCGAGAAGGCGCUGGUACUAUUGUCAAAAUUGGUUCCAAUGUGCCUCCGUCAUAUGGCCUCCAGGUUGGUCAGCGAGUGGCGGUCUUCACCCAGGGUACCACAGCAGAGUACGUCUCUGCGCCAUCAGAGAGCGUCAUGGUAUUGCCUCCAUCCGUGUUGACGAAACAAGGAGCCGCGAUCAUGCUCCAGGGCAUGACGGCAUGGACGAUCGUUCAAGAUGCCCACAAGGUAGAGCCAGGGCAGACGAUUCUUAUCCAAGCGGCGGCUGGAGGCACAGGUGGCAUGCUCGUGCAAAUGUGCAAACACCUCGGCGCCACUGUGAUCGGUACAGUAUCGACGCCAAAAAAGGCAGAUAUUGCGAUGAAGCACGGAUGCGAUCAUGUUAUUCUCUACAAGAACAACGAUGUGCAAAAGGAGGUCAUGCGAAUAACGAGCACGAAGGGCUGCCAUGCCGUUCUCAGUGGCGUUGGAGAGGCUACCUUCGCUCAAGACCUAGCAUGCACGAGGAGAAAGGGGACUCUGGUUUCGUAUGGCAACAGCAGUGGCGCAGUGUCCAGUUUCCGAGUCCUGGAUUUGAGCAAGAAAAAUGUCAAACUUGUGCGACCGACACUGGCAAACUAUAUCACAGAAAGGGAUGAAUUUGUCCUGCGAUCGCGGCAGCUGCUAGACUUGGUGGGAUCCGGAGCCGUGCGGCCGGAGUUUGGUGGUGAAUAUAGCUUGAAGGAGGUGGCGCAGGCGCAGGAUGACCUUACGACCCAGAAGACAACUGGAAAACUGCUCAUCAAGAUCCAAACUUAA